AUGGACUCUAUGGAGACUCAUGCGACGCCCAAGGAUGCUGAGAAUGAGCAAUCAAUCACUCAGAGAACAUCCAGUCCUUACCCAUCCCAUCCCAUUGCCCAGCUCCAGGGCCCGUUUGAGGAAUCAAUUGUGGAAACCACUGAUGGCUCUGUAAAUAAAUGGGUUGUGGACAUCGACGCGCAAACACGGCGGCGCGAUCUACUAGAGAAUGACGAAUACGAGCGGCUUUGUGGGCGAAAAUGGCGCCAGAGGGCAUCUGAAAAAUACCAUCCAUUCUGGAAAUUAAUUUCCCAAAUGGUCUUCGGAGUUCAUCUCCUAGCCAAGAGUCUAGCGAAAUCCGAAGACUCAGUCAUGAGAAUUCUACAGAAACAUGUGGAUGAGUUAGAUGGCUUUCUGGAAAGGACCACCGAAGACUUUAUGAUCGUCCGACUAGACGUUCGCACUCGAAUUCAGUAUCUCAGAGUACCGCUAGGAAAUCUCGAUGUCUUCGAUGAGAUGCUGGAAGACCGGAAUUUCCGGCUAUCGAUUGUCGCCUAUAAUGAUCAGAUCGAACAUUCUAUUGAGAGAUUCACCCUUUCCAUCACGGACUCGCUCAAAGACCUACAAAAGGCAAAGGAGGCUAUGGGUGCACUAUGGUUCUACUUCCGGAAACUUACAGACGAGGAUUGCUUCAAGUCCGAGAGCCUCAAGCUUUUUCAUCAGGCCAUGAUGGACAACAUGGAGGGCUGGAUUGUCGCUAUCUCAAAACUUCGUCGACGGGGCACUGCUCUCCAAAAGGCCCUGACCCAACUUGGCUUGGCGACUACAGAAAUGCAACGACGGGUCGGAGUAGCAAGUAGAAAGGAUGUGCGAUCGUUUAUUAAACAGACCUGCAAGACUGCAAAUCGAAAUAAGUCAAUCAAACAAAGACUCUUCGAUAAAGGACGGCCCAAAUCAGAAAAACCACUUCCUCGCGAUCCAUUAUCGAAGCCAAAGAGGACAUCAAUGGCUUCUAAACAGGUUCAGAAUCCUCCUGCCCCAGCUAGAGCCCAAACCGACACUCAUACGGAUCGACCCAUCCCGAGCGAUGGCAUUCGGCGCAGGAUCAUGAGUCGGGCUAGAUCAUGCAGUGCCCUUAUAGCAGAAGCCAGCGCAGGCGCAGGCACCGAAUCACCACCUCCCCUCCCAUCAACAUCCGGAAAGCUCAAACGCAAGCUCUCCAAGCCCUUCCUACUCAAACGAUCCGCCAGCGUGAAAAUUGACUUGACCCAAAGUCGACCGAAAACAGCACCAUCACAACCCUCACGACUUUCACGCAAUAUCUCCAUAGAGCAGCUCCGAGCAUUCUGCUCCACACCACGCCCUCAAACCGGACAAUCUAGAGUCAAAUCACCCACACAAGCGCGACAGGAGGCCCACAACCAACUCACGAAUGGCCGAGAGAACAUGAAGGAACAGAUAUCCCAGUUUCUCAAGACGGACCGCGUGGUCGAAGCAUGGGAUAACGUAUCCAAGAAUGCAUGCUGUACACUCCCGAUUGCCAAGACAAAAGACUGGCCUAGCAGCGUCUUCCAAGCCAAGUCUUCUACCCUAGAAAAUAAGGGCAACGACACAAACCCGGACCUGGACAGACAGAUGUCUUGGAUACAGGGGAAAUUCGACGUAUUACCUACAUACUCAUUCAAAACAAAACCUGACAUGUCCCCCCGGUUCCAUGUUCUAUCGGUGCAGAUGACCCAUGACAACGCUAAUGGGGUGACUGAGCGAGAGGCGAGUUUGGAUUUGAAAAGUGAAUUUGGGUCGAGUAUUACUGCGUUGCCGGUUGUACCGUCAUCCAUUCCACCGGUUAGUUGA